AUGUCGAUAACACAAAUCAUUGGGUUCAGUCUUCUGGUUUGCAUCACUUUGGCCUGUAAUGAAACUUUCUCCCUACUUGACCUUGACACAAAUGUUAUUACUACAUAUGUUCGUUAUCCUGGCUACGAACAAAAUGUCAUUCUGAACAAUUAUUAUCAGCCUACUACUCUUCUCCCAAACAACGUUUAUAACCCAAGUGAAUUAUUUAAAUCAAGUGAUAGCAAUGAAAACAUUGACUAUGACUUCUUUCAAAAAUACAUUGACAACUUCAAUUUGUCACACUUUAAUCCGGACCCCAGUGAAUAUAAUAUUGAUGGAGAAGAAGAAGAGCAAAGUCAUAAACGUCCUCAUGACGGAUGUGAUGCGAGCUUUGACAAUCGCGAUGAAUAUAGAAAACGCAAGAAAACGCCCGACCAACCAUUUAUUUGCAAACGCAAACGACCCGAUUGUGGGCUAACGUCCAAUCAUUCAUCGUUUCCUUCUCGCAAUAAAACACGCCAACCUAAACUUCAAUGCGAAAACUGCAAGGAAUUUUUCUGCCACAAGGGCUAUUUGAAAACACACAUGAAGCGAUGCUUAAUAACUUCUCGUUAGUUUCGCAAAUUUAGCAAAAUUUCAAGCACGUUUUUCUAUCUGGAAUAGCAAAAUGCACCUAAAAAAUGUGCUGCAGAACAUCCGCGACCAUGGAGGAGCAAUGCAAAAUUCAAUAAAUAUUGCAAUGCAGAAAAUG